CUGCUCCCGGCAGCCUCUCCUCAUCUUGUCUCCGCCCGUUUUAAUGAGACGCUUCCGAAUCGUGAUCGCCCGAUACUGGUCUCCUUUCAGAUGUGAGCGUGAGGAAGGACUUAGGAAGCAGCAGAGAUGCUGUGGGCCCGCAGAGCCGUGGCAAUUAGACUGGCCAGUUUGUAUCUCAUGGUGCACGUCGGGCCCUCGCUGGGUGCGCCGCAGGCUUCGCUCGCGUCUUCAGAUGAGUCUUGCAUUUUCAGCCUGACCUUGAGGAAUUUCCGGCCAAUAUUAUCCUGGGAAUUAAAAAACCGCUCCAUUGUCCCAGCGCACUACACGCUGCGGCACACGAUCAUGAGUAAAGGAGCAGACCUGGAGCUGGUGCCGGGGUGCGCCAACAUCACGCGGCCCUCCUGCGACGUCACGCACGCGUGGCGCAGCCUGGUGGAGAUGUACCUGCCCUGGGUCAUCGGGUCCCGGGGGAGCACCACGCUGGUCAACUGCGUGGGCAAGGUCUCCCCGGUCCUGGAAAUGAUUUUGGAGCCCCCCGAGUUUGAGAUUGUCGGCUUUGUGGACCACAUUAACGUGAUACUGAAAUUUCCACCCUCCUUGCCCAAGUUGCCACCUGGGGAAGGAUUAUGGCUUCGCUUGUCACUUGCCAUAGAAGAGGAGUCAGAGGGGAUUGUGAGGCAGCAUCUACUCAAAAUAGAUGAACGCACCACUGGAAAUUUCACUUAUGUCAUCGACAAGCUCAUUCCAAACAUGAACUACUGUGUGUCUGUUUAUUUGAAGUCUGAGAAUCUGUCUAAACUACUGAGAUCUCCCUGGAAGUGUGCCCGCCUCCUACCCCGAGCGGAGUCAGUGUCCUCAGAGUCCGCCAGCAUCGGAGCCCUGAUGAGUCUGUUUGUGAUGGCCGCCGUCGUCGGGGGCGCCCUCACAGUGCUGAAGCGGAUCGGUUACAUUUGCUUACGCAGCAAGUUCCCCAAAGUGCUGAACUUUGAUGGCGUGGCCAUCUGGGCGUUCCCCAAGCUGCCGCCCCUGGAGGCCGUGGCCGUGGCGGAGGUCAUUCACAUCCACAGGAAGAGGAAGGUGUGGGAUUACAGCUAUGACGACGAAAGCGACGGGGACGAGGAGGCCGCCCCCCGAGCCAGCGGUGGGGGCUACACCUUGCACGGGCUGGCAGUCAGGGCUCUGUGCCCGGAGUCCCCCUCCUCGGCCACCCUGGGGGGCAGCGAGGAAGCCGAGUCCCUGAUGGCACCCGGGCCCGAGCCUGAGCCCUGGCCAGCCGAGCGCACAAGUGGGGCCUACGAGGGGAAGGGGGCCUGGGGGGCCCAGUGCACGAGUGGGGCCUCAGAGGAGGAGGGGACUUGGGGGGCCCAGCACACAAGUGAGGCCUCCGAGGAGGAGGGGACCUGGCCAGCGGACCCCUUUCCCAGGGAGGACAGCGGCCCCACCAAGAGCCCCGGGGACCGGAUCUUCUUCAAUGUGGACUUGAACUCCGUGCUUGUGAGGGUCCCUGAUGGGGACGACUCUGAAGCCCCCGCUGUGGUCUGUCUCCCGGAGGAGACGGUGGACUCUGAUGACCCUGAGGACAGCGCCUCGGGGCCUGAAGACGCUCCUUCUGAUGAAAACGACACCGCCAGGUCCGACGUGGGCAUCGGGAACGGUUAUAUGAUGAGAUGACCCCAAAAUAGGGGCUUACCCAGCAGCUACCUCCCCACCCCUCGCUGCUCCUGUGGCGGGCAAGUGUUGGGAGGGGGGCAGAGCGCCCCCUUCCUGGGACGUUACCUGUGCAAAUCCCCGUGGGGAGGGAGGGGAGACCCAGUGCCAUCGUGUGGUCACCGGGGCCUCUUACAUGUUCAGAGGGACAGGCCUUGGAGGGAAUGCCCUGUCCUCUGCUCACGCACUGAUCCCGUUUCUGCCUCAGUUUCCCAAAGGAGCAGGGUCCCCUGGGGUUUCCAGGGGUGGCCCAGGGCCCUGGGGAGUAAGCAGACAGCCAGGCCACCACAGUGGCUGGGCGUCCACAGUGGCUCCCA